AUGUCGAAUACCCCUUAUAAUUCAUCUGUGCCUUCCAUUGCAUCCAUGACCCAGUCUUCUGUCUCAAGAAGUCCCAACAUGCACACAGUAACUACCCCCGGUACCAAUACCAGCUCUAACUCUCCACCCUUACACAUGUCUUCAGAUUCCUCCAAGAUCAAAAGGAAGCGUAACAGAAUUCCGCUCAGUUGUACCAUCUGUCGGAAAAGAAAAGUUAAGUGUGAUAAGUUUAGGCCUCAUUGCCAGCAGUGUACUAAAACUGGGGUGGCCCAUCUCUGCCAUUACAUGGAACAGACUUGGGCUGAAGAGGCAGAGAAGGAAUUGUUGAAGGACAACGAAUUAAAAAAACUGAGGGAACGUGUAAAAUCUUUAGAGAAGACUCUUUCUAAAGUGCACUCUUCCCCUUCUUCUAACUCUUUAAAGAGCUACAACACUCCCGAGAGCAGCAACCUGUUUAUGGGUAGUGAUGAACACUCCACCCUUGUUAGCGCAAAUACAGGGUCCGCUUCCUCCGCCUCGCAUAUGCAACAGCAGCAGCAGCAACAGCAGCAGCAGCAGCAAGACUUUUCCAAAAAUACGAACGCCAAUGCAAAUUCUUCAUCCCUUUCCAUCUCAAAUAAAUACGAUAACGAUGAGUUGGACUUAACCAAGGACUUUGAUCUUUUACAUAUUAAGAGUAAUGGUACCAUCCACUUGGGUGCCACUCACUGGUUGUCUAUCAUGAAAGGUGACCCGUACCUAAAACUUUUGUGGGGUCAUAUCUUUGCAAUGAGGGAAAAGUUAAAUGAAUGGUACUACCAAAAAAAUUCGUACUCUAAGCUUAAGUCAAGCAAAUGUCCCGUAAAUCAUGCGCAAGCACCUCCUUCUGUUGCUGCCGCCGCCAAUAGAAAAUGCCCUGUCGAUCAUGCCGCGUUUGCAUCCGGAAUGGUCGCCCCAAAGGAGGAGACUCCUCUUCCAAGGAAAUGUCCCGUUGACCACACUAUGUUUUCCUCGGGAAUGAUUCCUCCCAGAGAGGAUACUUCCUCCCAGAAGAGGUGUCCCGUUGACCACACCAUGUAUUCUGCAGGAAUGAUGCCGUCCAAGGAAGAGACACUUUCCCCAUUUUCUGCCAAACCUAUGAUAGACCUCAAUAAGCAUACAAUGAAUCCGCCUCAGUCAAAGUGUCCUGUGGACCAUAGAAACUACAUGAAGGAAUUCCCCUCUGAUAUGAUGAAUUCUUCUCCCAACCCCGCUGGUCGUUGCCCCAUUGACCAUUCAAGUAUGAAAAAUACCACUGCCUUGCCAGCCUCUGCUCACAAUACUAUUCCACACCAUCAACAACAAUCAGGGCCUCAUUCUCGUUCGCAUCCUUUACAGAACAGAAAACAGGAUACCUACAUGACAGAAUCCGAAGUCCUCGCAAUACUUUGUGAGAUGUUGCCGCCCAAGCGCGUCAUCGCACUAUUCAUCGAGAAAUUCUUCAAACAUUUAUACCCUGCCAUUCCAAUCUUAGAUGAACAGAAUUUCAAAAAUCACGUGAAUCAAAUGCUUUCGCUAUCAUCGAUGAACCCCGCUGUCAACAACUUCGGCAUGGGCAUGCCAUCCUCGUCUUCAUUGGAGAACCAACCCAUAACACAAAUCAACCUUCCAAAACUUUCCGAUUCUUGUAAUUUAGGUAUUUUGAUAAUAAUCUUGAGACUGACAUGGCUAUCCAUACCCUCCAACUCCUGCGAAGUCGACCUGGGAGAAGAAAGUGGCUCAUUCUUAGUACCUAAUGAGUCGAGCAAUAUGUCUGCAUCUGCAUUGACCUCAAUGGCUAAGGAGGAAUCCCUUCUGCUAAAACAUGAAACACCGGUCGAGGCACUGGAACUUUGUCAAAAAUACUUAAUUAAAUUUGAUGAGCUUUCUAGUAUUUCCAAUAACAACGUUAAUUUAACCACAGUGCAAUUUGCCAUUUUUUACAACUUUUAUAUGAAAAGUGCCUCCAACGAUUUGACUACUUUGACAAAUACCAACAACACUGGUAUGGCCAACCCUGGCCAUGAUUCCGAGUCGCAUCAGAUCCUUUUGUCCAAUAUUACUCAAAUGGCCUUUAGUUGUGGGUUACACAGAGACCCUGAUAAUUUUCCUCAAUUAAACGCCACCAUUCCAGCAACUACUCAGGAGGUGUCCAACAACGGCAACAAAAAGGCAAACCCUAGCACCAAUGCAAAUUCAAAUAACAGCAUGUCUGCUAACACUACCAAUAGCAGUAGCAGAUCCGGAAGCGCUGAUUCAAGAAGCGGAUCAAACCCCGUAAACAAGAAGGAAAACCAGGUUAGUAUUGAAAGAUUUAAACACACCUGGAGAAAAAUUUGGUAUUACAUUGUUAGCAUGGACGUUAACCAAUCUCUUUCCUUGGGAAGUCCUCGACUACUAAGAAAUUUGAGAGACUUUAGCGAUACGAAGCUACCAAGUGCUUCAAGAAUUGAUUAUGUUCGCGACAUCAAGGAGCUAAUCAUUGUCAAGAAUUUUACUCUUUUUUUCCAGAUUGAUCUAUGUAUUAUUGCUGUAUUAAAUCACAUUUUGAAUGUUUCUUUGGCAAGAAGUGUGAGAAAAUUCGAAUUAGAUUCAUUGAUUAAUUUGUUGAAAAAUUUGACCUAUGGUACCGAGAACGUCAAUGAUGUAGUGAGCUCUUUGAUCAAUAAAGGGUUAUUACCUACUUCAGAAGGUGGUUCUGUAGAUUCAAAUAACGAUGAAAUUUAUGGUCUACCGAAACUACCCGAUAUUCUAAACCAUGGUCAACAUAACCAAAACUUGUACGCUGAUGGUAGAGCCGCCUCUAGUAGUGAUAUAGAUAAGAAAUUGGAUUUGCCUCAUGAAUCUACAACGAGAGCUCUAUUUUUUUCCAAGCAUAUGACAAUUAGAAUGCUGCUAUACUUAUUGAACUACAUUUUGUUUACUCAUUAUGAACCAAUGGGGAGCGAAGAUCCUGGUACUAAUAUUUUAGCCAAGGAAUACGCCCAAGAGGCAUUAAACUUUGCCAUGGACGGAUACAGGAACUGUAUGAUUUUCUUUAAUAAUAUCAGAAAUACUAAUUCACUAUUCGAUUAUAUGAAUGUUAUCCUAUCUUACCCUUGUUUGGAUAUUGGUCACCGUUCUUUACAAUUCAUCGUUUGUUUGAUCUUAAGAGCUAAAUGUGGCCCAUUGACUGGUAUGCGUGAAUCGUCAAUUAUUACUAACGGUACAUCAAGCGGAUUUAAUAGUUCAGUAGAAGAUGAGGACGUUAAGGUUAAACAAGAAUCCUCUGAUGAAUUGAAAAAAGACGAUUUUAUGAAAGACGUCAACUUAGAUUCAGGUGAUUCGUUAGCAGAAAUCCUCAUGUCAAGAAUGCUGCUGUUUCAAAAAUUAACGAAACAACUAUCAAAGAAAUAUAAUUACGCCAUUCGUAUGAAUAAGUCUACUGGAUUUUUUGUAUCUUUACUAGAUACUCCUUCAAAGAAAUCAGACUCGAAAUCGGGUAGUUCAUUCAUGUUGGGUAAUUGGAAACAUCCAAAGGUUUCAAAUAUGAGCGGAUUUCUUGCUGGCGACAAAGAUCAACUGCAGAGAUGUCCCGUAUACCAAGAUGCGCUGGGGUUCGUUAGCCCGACUGGUGCUAAUGAAGGUUCUGCUCCAAUGCAAGGCUUGGCCUUACAGGGCUCCACUGCUAGGAUGGGAGGGACUCAGUUACCACCAAUUAGAUCAUACAAGCCUAUCACGUACACCAGUAGUAAUCUACGUCGUAUGAAUGAAGCGGGCGAGGCAGAAGCCAAGAGAAGAAGAUUUAAUGAUAGUUAUGUUGAUAACAACAACAGCGAUAUACCUAGAGGAAUCAGUCCAAAACCUUCAAAUGGGCUAUCAUCGGUGCAGCCACUUUUGUCAUCAUUUUCCAUGAACCAGCUAAACGGAAAUACCAUUCCAACAGUACCAUCAUUAACCAACAUUACUUCGCAAAUGGGUGCUUUACCAUCUUUAGAUAGGAUUACCACUAAUCAAAUAAAUUUGCCAGACCCAUCGAGAGAUGAAGGAUUUGACAACUCUAUCAAGCAAAUGACGCCUAUGACAAGUGCAUUCAUGAAUGCUAAUACCUCAAUUCCAAGCUCGACCAUGAAUGGAAAUAUGAACAUGAAUGGAGCUGGAACUGCGAAUACAGAUACAAGUGCCAACGGCAGUGCUUUAUCGACACUGACAAGUCCACAGGGUUCAGAUUUAGCAUCCAAUUCUGCUACCCAGUAUAAACCUGACUUAGAAGAUUUUUUGAUGCAAAAUUCUAACUUUAACGGGUUAAUGAUAAAUCCGUCGAGUUUGGUAGAAGUUGUUGGUGGAUACAAUGAUCCUAAUAACCUUGGGAGAAAUGACGCGGUUGAUUUUCUACCCGUUGAUAAUGUUGAAAUUGAUGGAUUAGUUGAUUUUUAUAGAGCAGAUUUUCCAAUAUGGGAGUGA